AUGGUGAGGAUGUGCUGCUGCAGAAUCUCGCAUGACCAAUCGAUGAUGAUUGUCUACACAGGCCAGGAUAUGGAGGCGACCGACAAGUGUUUGACAGAGACCUUUCAGUCACUUGCCAACAAAGCAGUGGUCGUCCGUCUUCCAGAUGAUGCGACGCUCCUGAAUGCCAUGGGGCCUGUGAUGGGAACCCACUCAGCGCAUCGGGACGCCGAAUACCUGGUGAUCGGUCGCCUCCAGCCGUCGUCACAAGAGCUGCUUAUCGCCAUUAACCACAGAUUCCACGAUGCACGGGUCCUUGGGGAGGUUGCUGUCCUCCGAUGGCUCCCAGCAGCAUUUUUAUGGCUCUUGCGGCAAGGCAGUGCUAUGUCCCGGCUGGGGCAGCCACCUUCCGCUGGCCCACCUACUGGAGCUGCCGCGAGUUCCGUGGUGAUCUCUGCCGAGCAUCUUGCCAACAUGAAGACCCAGUUGGGGAUGACAAGAAAUGCGGUAUGCCUGUUCAUUGCUUGCUGCGCCAUCGCGGCAAAAGCACCAGCAGCCAGCCCUGUCAUGUGCCUGCACAGUGGCCGAAACUUGCGACAUGCGGAGGACCUCCCUGGCGGUGACUACACGUGCUACACGGCACCGAUGCAGCUGGUCCCCGGCAGCACCCCGGAGGCUACUUGCACCGCAGUGAUGACCUACUUGGACAUGGUGCGUACAGGGAAGGCCACGCUGGGCGCCACAGCCCGCGACACGGCCGCGCAGGUUGAGGACUUGUGGACCUACGACAGCUGGAUCCGGUCGGGGGUGGCUAGGCCCGGUGCGGCGCCUCAGUCAUCCAUCGCGUCCUCGCUUGCGCCUUUCUACAGCUCGGUUUGCAAGAACCUGAUCCUCGCGUUUGAGCGAGUGGCGCAGAUCGUCCCGGUGAUGUUGCUCUUGUGGUGUUUUCGGAUGAGGUUGUGCUGGCCAUGCCGGAAGUGGACGCGUCGCUUGAUGCUCUUUCCGCAUGGAAACGAUGCUUGGAUAUUGGAUAUUGCUGACUGCUUCGGCUUCGAUGAAGUGCUGAGACUCCGAAGGCCGAACAGUGCCACUGCUCCAUCGCGCCUCUCUUCCUGCUUCAUGGAGCUUAGUGACAUGAUCAUAAAGACCAGCCUGCAGCCUUUUUAG